CCGGACCCCCCCGGACCCCCCAAUCCGCUCCCCCCAGAUUUCGAGCCCUCCUCGAGCACGGAGAAGAAGAGGACGGUCUAUCAGAUGGCGCUCAACAAACUGGACGAGAUUUUGGCCGCGGCCCAGCAGAGCAUCAGCGCGGGGGAGGGGCCGGGGGCGCCCCUGGGACCCCCCCUGGGCAAGGGGGGGCGCCCCAAAGGCUUCUUCAGCAGCGAGGUGGGCGCCCCCGAGGAGGAGAAGCCGUACCUGGCGCCCCCCCCGGGCCGCUUCAGCCGCAGCCUCUCGGUGCCGGGCUCGGACGAGAUCCCCCCUCCCCCCACCACGUCCCCGCCCGAGCCCCCCUACACCGCCCCUCCCCCCCCCAGCCCCCGCCACGCCCCGCCGGGGGGAGGGGCCUCGCUUGGGGGCGGGGCGCCCUGGCGCCUGUACAACCUGGGCGGUGGGGGCGGGGCUCGGGGCGGCGGGGGCGGGGCGGGGCUGGGGGGCGGCCCCCCCAAACCGCUGCGGCGCAAGGGGCCGCUGGUGAAGCAAACCAAGGUGGAGGGGGAGGGGCAGGGCGGAGGGGGAGGGGCGGCGCCGGGCGGGUUGGUGGGCGUGGCCGGGGGAGGGGACAAGAGCUCGAUCGCCAUCCCCACGAUCGUGGUCAAAGCGCCCUCGACCUCCAGCUCGGGCCGCUCCAGCCGCGGCAGCAGCGUGGAGGCCGAGGGGGGGGGAGGGGGGGGGAGGGGCGGAGCCUCGGCCACACCCGACGGACCCUCGGGGGUGGGGGGAGGGGCGGCCCCGCCCCCUCCCAUGGCCCCUCCCCCCUCGCAGGGUUUGGAUUUCACCUCCCAGUUCGGGGCGGCGCUGGUGGGGGCGGGGCGCAGGGAGUGGGGGGCGGGGCGCCGCUCCGCGCUCUUCCUCAGCACCGAGGAGGAUGACGAGGGCGGCGGGGGAGGGGCGGCUGCUCCGGGAGGGGGAGGGGCGGGCUUGGGCCCUCCCCCCGCCCAGCCGCGCUUACGUCACUCCAAAAGCAUCGACGAGGGGAUGUUCGCGGCCGCGGGGGGAGGGGCGGGGGCGGAGCCUUUCCCCGCCCCCACCCGCGGCUACCGAGGGGGAGGGGCCCGAGGAGGGGGUGGGGGGAGGGGCAGCGCAUUCAGCAGCGUAGCGGGGGGAGGGGCCAUGGGAGGCGCGGCCCCUCCCCCUCUGCACCCGGGGGCGGCGCCGGUUCACCCCGGUUUAUCCCCGGUCCAUCCCAGUUUAUCUCCGGUCCAUCCCAGUUUAUCUCCGGUCCAUCCCAGUAUGAGCCCGGUGCAUCCCAGUAUGAGCCCGGUGCAUCCCAGUAUGAGCCCGGUCCAUCCCAGUUUGUCCCCGGUCCAUCCCAGUUUGUCCCCGGUCCAUCCCGGUUUAAGCCCCGCCCGCGCCCCUCCCCCGCCCGGCUCCUGCCGCGUCCUCCCCCCCGCCGCCCCCUCCCCUUUCCCCCUGGGGGCGGGGCUCCACGGGGGCCUCCCCCACCCCAUGCACGCCCCUCCCCCCGCCGCCGCCGCCCCUUCCCCCCUCCACCACCACCACCACCACCCCGCUUUGGGCGCCUCCAUCUCCAUGGCGGGGGGCGGGGCUCGCUCCCUCCCCCUUUUGGGCGGGGUCUCCCCCUCCUCCUCCUCCCUGCACCUCUCCGGGGGCCCCCCCACCUUACCCAAGGCGCCCCCUCCCCAAAAACUCCCCGCCCCCCCCCCCGGCAGCCCCUCCCGCCGCCUCGAGCCCCUCUGGGGUGGGGGAGGGGGAGGGGGCGGUGCCGCCGAGGGUCGCGUGCGCUUCUCCGACGGCGGGGGCGGGGUCUCCGCUGGAGGGGGCGGGGUCUCCGCUGGAGGGGGCGGGUCCCCCCUGCUCUCCCUUCCCCCCCCCGCCCCCUCGGUGGACGCGGACGAGGAGCUGCUGCUGGCCGAGCCCCUCCCCCCGCCCCUGGAAUUCGCCAACAGCUUCGAGGCCCCGCCCCUCCCGCGCGCCGGCGGAGCCCCGCCCACCGCGCAUCAGGACGGAGCCCCUCCCCCGCCCGCCCCUCCCCCCCCCACCGUGGUGGGGGGUGGGGGAGGUGGGGGAGGGGACUCGGCCACCUCCAGCCUGACCUCGUACGACAGCGAGGUGGCCACGCUGACGCAGGGCGGGGCAGGGGGCGGGGCCACGCACGACCCCCGCAGGGGGCCCGGGGGAGGGGCCGGGGGCGGGGCGAUGAUUCUGGGCGGGGCUCCCGCCGAAGGGGGCGUGGCGGAGGCGGUGACGGACUCGGGCAUCGAGGAGCCCGACAGCCGCAGCAGCAGCGACCACCCGCCCGAGAUGGGGGAGGGGCUGGACGGGGGCGUGGCGCUGGGGGAGGGGCGGCGGGCGGGGGGGAGGGGCAGGGUGGCGCUGCCCCUCCCCCUCCCGCCGGCGCUGGCGCUGCCCCUCCCCCCCCAGCAGGGCCCGCGCGGGGGGAUGGGCGCGCCCGGCUGGAGCCGCGCGGGGCUCGAGGGAGGAUUCGCGGGCAGGCUCAGGCUCACGGACUCCGCCCCUCCCCCCUCCUCCACCACGCCCACCAAGCCCCUCCCCCCAACCUCCGCCCUCUUCCCCCAUUGGCCGCCCCCGCCUCCCAAACCCUCGGUGGGCGUGGCCGUGGGCGGAGACCUGGACGUGCGCCCGCCCCUCCGGCGCGCGCCCAGCCCCGCCCCUCCCCCCUCGGAGCGCCGCGGGAGCCCCGCCCCCCGCCCCGCCUCCCUGCCCACCUUACCUGCGGCUCACCUGUACGGAGGAGGAGGAGGAGGAGGAAGCUCCGCCUCUUACCUGGAGCUGCGCUCGCUCUCCCCGCCCCGCGCCGCCGCCUCCAUCACCGCCGGCCCCGCCCCUCCCAAACCUUUUGGGGCGAAACCUUUGGCUUUUUGGAGCAAGUUCGACGUGGCGGACUGGCUGGAGUCGCUGAACCUGGGCGAGCACCGCGCGCGCUUCCUGCACAACGAGAUCGACGGCACGCACCUGCCCGCGCUCACCAAGGAGGAUUACAUCGACCUGGGCGUCACCCGCGUCGGGCACCGCAUGAACAUCGACCGCGCCCUGCGCCUCUUCCUCGAGAGGUGAUGGACGCGCACCUGAGCACCUG